CUAACUAGUUGUGAAACGUAUACUAAAGAUCGUCUCGGAAAUGUCAUUCGUGAAAAGGGGCGUUUCAGAUUGACGCUCAGAUUGCUUAAUUACGAAACAAAUUAAGGAUUAAGUGCCAAUUAUUGUUCGAAUCCGUCAUCAUUCCAAAUUUGUAAGAAAAAAAGCCUGAUUCGAAAUCUUCUAUCAAAAUGAUAGGAGGCUUGUUUGUUUACAAUCACAAGGGGGAAGUUCUCAUAUCCCGGGUGUACCGAGAUGACAUUGGGCGCAAUGCCGUAGACGCUUUUAGGGUAAAUGUGAUCCACGCUCGUCAGCAAGUUCGAUCUCCUGUGACUAACAUCGCCAGGACUUCGUUCUUUCACAUAAAACGAGCGAACAUUUGGCUCGCAGCAGUCACGAAACAAAAUGUCAACGCCGCAAUGGUUUUCGAAUUCUUGCUCAAGAUCAUUGAAGUCAUGCAAUCUUACUUCGGCAAGAUAUCCGAGGAGAACAUCAAGAACAACUUUGUCCUGAUUUACGAAUUGCUUGAUGAGAUCCUUGACUUUGGCUAUCCGCAGAAUUGCGAUACAGGAGUACUCAAGACGUUUAUAACUCAGCAGGGAGUCAAGUCAGCAACGAAGGAAGAACAGGCACAAAUAACUUCGCAAGUAACUGGACAAAUAGGAUGGAGACGGGAGGGUAUAAAGUACCGACGAAACGAACUCUUCUUAGAUGUAUUGGAGUACGUGAAUCUCUUGAUGAGUCCGCAGGGUCAAGUUCUGAGUGCUCACGUUGCCGGAAAGGUGGUUAUGAAAUCCUACCUCUCUGGAAUGCCCGAGUGCAAGUUUGGUAUCAACGAUAAAAUCGUGAUGGACACUAAGGGGCUGAAGGGAGCAGGCGGGAUUUGCUGCGGAAACGAAGAAGCUUCUGGCUCUCGAUCUGGAAAACCCAUGGUAGUUAUAGACGAUUGCCAGUUUCAUCAAUGCGUCAAGCUCUCCAAAUUCGAGACCGAACAUUCCAUUAGUUUUAUUCCGCCUGAUGGCGAGUUUGAGUUGAUGAGGUAUCGCACCACGAAAGACAUUUCACUGCCAUUCCGCGUGAUACCAUUGGUGCGUGAAGUUGGUCGAACCAAGAUGGAGGUGAAAGCAGUCUUGAAGUCGAAUUUCAAACCGUCGCUGCUUGGGCAGAAAAUCGAGGUGCGAAUCCCGACGCCUCUGAAUACGGCAGGCGUGCAGCUGAUUUGCAUGAAAGGAAAGGCGAAGUACAAGGCUUCGGAAAAUGCGAUUGUUUGGAAAAUCAAGAGAAUCGCAGGGAUGAAGGAGACGCAACUCUCGGCGGAGAUUGACUUGCUCGAGACAGAUACGAAGAGGAAGUGGACUCGACCUCCGAUUUCGAUGAACUUCGAGGUUCCAUUCGCUCCUUCGGGCUUCAAAGUUCGCUACUUGAAAGUUUUUGAAUCGAAGCUCAAUUACUCAGACCAUGAUGUUAUUAAGUGGGUUAGGUACAUCGGGCGCAGCGGUCUCUACGAAACUCGAUGCUAAAUAAUACUCCAGAUUCUUGAUUGAUUAUAGCGGAAUAAUCUGAGCGUGAGAACUCGAACUCCAUAUUAGUAGAACCUUUCUCUGAGUGUACAUCCAAAACGACCCCUCUGGCGUUGAUAGUCCCAACUAACUCUGCUCUUUGAGUUGGUCUUUUAAAAUUAUUUUUUAUUUUCUUUUAACUUCCCUAAGACCUUCUAAAUUCCCCAAAUUCUUUGAAGUUCCUGGAUUCUCCGAGUUCCCUUAAUUCUCUGAAUUCCUUGAAUGUGUUUAAUUCAAUUACAAGGAAGUUAAAGGAAAUAAAAAAUCAGAGUGGUUGUUUUAGGUGUUAACUUUGAUAGUGGUUCUUUUAACGUCGAUGUUUCAGACUGAUGGAUUGCCAUCGAGCUCUUAAGGUGCAUAAUGGGUUCGGCAAUUUUGUAUAUUUUCUGCAUAGUUUAAUCUGGCAAUUUUAUUUAAUGUUGUGAGCUUUUACAGCCAGCCGCCAGUGCAUCAGAAUCCCAUCGUUGUAUGAAAAUGAGAGUGUAAAUGAAAUGAGCAUUCGUUAGAUUUGAAGCUCGCACAUCCAUUCCCUAUUCGAAACGAUGAAUAUCAGUAGAAAAGAUAUUUGAAUUAUUAUCAAAGCACAAUUGCUUAUAUAAAU